AUGUGUGUGCGUGUGUGUCUCCCCCUGCCUGUCCUUCUCUCUAUUAAUUGCUGUGCUCUUCUCCCUACACAGGACAGCUGCACUCGGGUUCUGCUGUACCGUGGAGCUAAUAAAGACAUGAAGAACAACAAUCAACAGACGUCCUUCCAGGUUGCCAUCAUCGCCGGGAACUUUGAACUGGGCGAAUUCAUCAAGAAUCACAAAGACUCGGAUGUGGUUCCCUUCAAGGAAACGCCGACCUACGCCCCCCAGAGGAGGGAGGGCCACCACUCGCUCACCCUCCCCCACAUGCUGCAACGCUCCAGCAGUGAUAACAACCUCAACAUUCCGGAGUGGCUAUCCUUCCCAACCAGCCAGGCUCCACGGAACCCCAACGGCACACUGCGCAGCGUCAGUAACCCCCGUGGCGGACGCAGUAGAUCGCCAUCCCGCAGCCGCCAGGCUGAGGAUCCCAAGAAACAGCGAGGACGCCUCAGUUCCGCCGUGCCCAACAAGGAGUACCCUGGGAGUGCGCAGGGCUGGAAGCCGAAACGCAAGCUCUACUCUGCUGUGCCAGGCCGAGUCUUUGUGGUGGUGAAGACAUACCAGCCGCAGGGAGAGGAUGAAAUCCAACUCAACAAGGGCGAGAAAGUGAAAGUGCUCAGCGUAGGGGAAGGAGGAUUCUGGGAGGGCACUGUCAAAGGUCGGACGGGCUGGUUCCCUGCAGAGAACGUGGAGGAGAUCCCGAACAAACCUCAGGACAGCAAACAUGAGAGUCGGACUGAGAAAGCCAAGAGGUUGUUCCGGCACUACACAGUGGGUUCCUACGACAGCUUCGAUGCCCCGAGGUAA